UACACGAUGAUGUCUGCUGUCUGCUAUGUGAGACUGAUGACGACAUAAAUAAAACAACAAAACUAAACAAAAUAAAUACCUAAUUAAUUGUACAAUGUUAUUCAGUCUGUGGCUCAUUUUUUGAAUAUUUUCUAACUAACUUUCUUCCAAGUGACUAACAGUAAUUCAGUUUUUCAACUGGUUUAGAUUUUUCCAAUUGUGAGAACUCAGUUGCUUAUCCACAUUACCUGUUGUAAAAUCAUCACCAAAGUUUGGUUACAAUAAUGUCGGCCAUAUUCAAUUUCCAGAGUCUACUGACUGUUAUACUCCUACUAAUCUGCACUUGUGCUUACAUCAGAAAUUUAUUUCCAAGUCUUCUCGAUCGAAACAAAGUUGGACUGUUGGGGACAUUUUGGAAGUGUGCCAGGAUCGGAGAGCGCAAGAGUCCUUACGUUGCUGUGUUCUGUGUCAUCAUGGCGACAAGUGUUCUCCUUAAAUCUUGACAUGCCUAGUCAAGACUAAUUCUUCUUACUUUUGUAUACAAUUUGUAAAUAAACCGUUUCUAAUUACAA